AUGUACCGUGCGGCUAUUAUUGGCAUAGAUCUGAAUGUUGAUGUACUGGCUGAUGAUAUCAAAUACAAUGAUUUGGUGUUAUUGUUAGUCUCAGUCUAUGAUUUAUGUGUGCAAAUAAAACAAAGAACAUAUUCCAGGCGAGUCAUUAUCACAUCAAAUAUGCGAAAAUCAUCUCCAUGGCCAUCGCAUAUCGGUGUGCUGGAAGCAUGGCCGGAAAAAGAUUUAUGGCACAGUGAGCAUUUCUCAGCCAAAGAAUUUAGCGAAGGCUCAUUUGAAAUUGUCAAAAAUCGACGAAAAGAAAAAUUGAAAUUGAAAUAUACCUGGAAACGAGUAUGUUUUUUUUUUUAACU